CCAAAUAGAAACCUUUGACCAGCGAACUGAUAAUGUUUAGUAUUGCAAGCAGGCCUCAGAUGUUAAUGAUUAUCCUACUGCUGGCCUUAUAUCUUAUCUCAGCCGUUUCAUUUAGCAUUGAGGCUUCACAUAGCAGCAGUUCGGAGGCAAUGUCCACUUGCCAGCGCAACGGGCUUGAAUUAUUUCCACCCCACUAUGGACAUUUUCUACUGAUACUCUCCAGUUAAAAGGUAGAUAAUGAUGGCUGUUUCUCACGUUUAUAGGUUCCUGUGGUCUCUGGGUACAGCUUUGGUGGUUUUAUCCCACUUGAAUCUCGCAUUAUUGGCUGACUACAAGAUCUGCGGAGACUCUGAGUGUCAAAGCCUGAUGAGCAGAGUGCAGGCCAUAAGGGACCACCGUGGGAAGGACUGCCGUUUCUUGAGCUUCAGGCAAGGAGACACCAUCUUUGUUUACCACAAACUGACUGGAAAGAGGGACGACCUGUGGGCAGGCAGUAUUGACAAACAGUUUGGCUAUUUCCCAAAGGAUGCAGUGCAAGAAGAGCAGGUUUAUACUACUGUGGAGAAAGUAGUGGAAACACAGAAAUCAGAUUUCUUCUGCAUGGAUGAGUUUGACUCCACUUAUCUGGAUAUAGAUGAUGAUGAUGAUAUUGAUCAUAAAACCCAAAUCCAGGAGCCAGAAACAACCCACAUCACCCAAAACACUGAUGACAUGAAUGCUGAAAGUCAUUUGACACCCUCAGAUUCCCCAGUUUCAGCACAGAAAACAGAAGAGGAUCAGACCAAAGAUGUUGGUGGUUCUGCAGCUGGGUCUCACGAGGAAGCACACGAGACUCCUGUGACUCCUAACCAACAAGGUGGGUCUCACUCUUCCUGGCUUGGUUCUUCAGUGACAGGAUGGUUAGGUCUGGGUAAAGAGGAACAACCUGGCAGUGUGGCCGAAGGAGAGAUGGAAGAUGAGAGGAAAGAGACCCAGGUGGAAACUUCGCUCACAUCCUCUGUCACAGGAUGGCUGGGCUUCGGAGGAAAUGGAAAACCUGACAAUGCCAAAGAAAAUGUGAAAGUCAGUGAAGGAACAGCUGAUUCAUUAACUUCAACCAUGACAGGUUGGUUUGGAGGUGGAAGCAAAAAAGAGACAGACGAGGAACGAGAAGCAGACGAAGAAAAAGAACCCAAAGAGAAAUUCAGGAGCAGGAGGAUGUCCUUGGACCUUGAAGGCAGCCAGUUGCACGAAGAUGAGAAGAAAGAGAUGGGGACUUUAGGUUGGUUGGGGAAUGGGCUGUCAAGCACACUGGGGUUUGGCCUGACCAAUGAGGAGUCAGGACAUGAGAAGAAGGAGAAGAUGCAGGCUAAUUCUUGGUUUAAUAUGGAGAUUGGGGGCAUUCUAGGCUUCAGGAAAGAUAACUUUGGCGAUGACAAAAGUGAAGAAAUUGGAUCUAAGGAGGCAGAAAAGGUCAUAACCUUAGAAGAACCAAUAGGAUCACAGAAUGUGGAUAACAGUCAAUCAAAGGGGGAAAUUAUUGAGACUAGCAAUGAAUCAAAGGAGGUGGAAGAACUGAAAGACCAAAAUCUCCCAUCCACAUUGGCAGAUUAUGGUCACAGUGAUGAAACCAACACUGAUACUUCAGACAGUGGGAUGACCGGUGGUUUCCGUGAAGACAUUGAACCCACAGUUGAUCAAGAAGAUAUUUCAACUCGUGCGAAGUUUGAGGAAGACUCCCAGGCUUUAGCUGGAAUGCUCUCCAGCUUUUUCAAAACUGGUGAUGAAGAGGACAAAGGUGAUGAUGACAAUACAGAGGACAGCAAAAUAAAUGAGGAGAGAUCUGCAGAAAUGGAGGGCAAAGAUCCCAUGAUUUACAGCCCAAUAGAAAAUGAACAUAUCGAUAACAACAGGGAAGCAAUGAAAACUCCAAGUGCUAUCGAUCAGGAUUUUGGAACAUCAUCUGGCAGCAUUUUGGCCCCUGACCACACUUCUGUGGAUAUAAAUUCAAAGUCCACGAAAGUCAUUGAAGAAGAAAAAGAUCAGAUGGCGAGCAAGAAAGCAGAGAGUGUGGAGGAGCAAGGGGCAGAAAUCACAAAUCAAGCUGAUAACACAGAAGAAUCCACAGAUACUGCUGUUAAAACCACAAUGGGUGAUGAUAACAAAGGAGAAGUGAAUAAAGGUACAGAUUUACCUGAAAUUUACACAACUCAAGUUGAAGAGCCGAGCAAUGAUGCAGAAGAUAGCAGCACAGUCAGCCAGCUAUACUUACUGUCAUCGGUGGAGAAAAACAAUCCAGUUCCAGCUGAGGAUGAAGGCUUUACUCCUUACAGUGCUGAAACAAAUGAUGAAAAUUCAGAUCCUCUAGCUCUGUUUAAUAAUAGCACAGAAACAGAGACAGUUCAUGGAGAGUUAGAACAGGAGGAAGAAACUCUCGUCUCUCAGGAAUUUGAUUUGCAGUAUAAUACUGAUAGAAACACUGAAAAUAUCUCAAAGGAGGACAGAGGAACGAGUGCACCGAGCACAAAUCAAACCUCUGCAUCUCCACUGAUGGAGUACAUUGAUACUGAAAGUGACAGUGAUGCUGGCAAGUUAAAGGAAAGUUUCAAAGAUGGCAUAAAGGAGUUCCAGCAGGUUCAAACUGAGAAAGAGGCUUCAGGCAUGGAAGAAGAAGGAAGUUUGAAUAAAAAUGACCCAACAUCAGCUAUCAGCUUUGAAUUAGAGACUGAGAAAGAGGAGGAAUUAAAGGAUGGGGGGAAUCAGGAAGUGACAAAGGUGAAAGAAAAUGAGGACCUGGGGGAUUUAAAGGAGGUGAAAGAGCUAAAGAAAGAAGAGAAGGAGAUGAAUGAAGCAGAAGUUGCGAGUACACAGGGGGAGCUGGAAGAGCUGAAGGAAGAUAGGAAACAGCUUAAGACAAAGGAGUUACCAGAGGAGGAAAAAGAAGUCAAGGAGGAGGAGUUAAUGGAAGACGAACAACUGAAGGAUGUAGAGGAAAAAGAGAAAAAAGAAGGUGAAGGAAAAACAGUGCACUCAUCUAAUUUAGCAGAGAUUCUGAAUGUCAUGAACACGCAAGAGAGAAAAAGCCAUGACAAAGAUACACAAGGUGAAAACAGCUCAGGAUCAUCCUUCACUGAAAUAGUCACAGAUGUUGAAAGCCACCAAGAUGUAGGAGAAGAAAAUAGGGAAGGAGAGAACAAACAGGGGGAGGUGGAAAAUCUAAAGUUUGAAGAGAUGGAGGGGGAGGAGGUUAAAGAAAUGGAUCAGGAGAAGCGUGAGACGGAUGACAACUUUAAAUGUUCAAAUGAGCUUUGCCCUCAAGUACACAAAGAAAAUGUUAGAGGUGGUUUAGAGGAAGGAGCCAGUUCAGCAGGUGAAGGAGUGGUACAGGCAGAAAAGCAAAAGGAUCAAAAAGACACACCGGGAGAGAGGCAAAGGAUAGACUCAGAUGAAAAAACAGCAAAUAACCCUUCAGAAGAGGCAGAAAGCACUCAUGUGCUGAGUCAGAGAGAUAAAACUGAACCUGGAGACACUGAAAGUAGCAGCAAAGCAGCACAACAGUUAAACUCUGAUCAACAAAUGCACACAGAGAAGGCUGCUGUUGUGGAAGGGGACGGAAACAGUGAUAGAAAAAUGAGGGAAAAUGGUAGUGAAGCCCAGAGUGAGGGAGGAUGGGAACCUUCAGCUCCACGUAGUGACCCUGCUGAUAGUCAGGCUGUGACAUCUGAACAUACUGCCCCACGUGUGACUGAUGAAGGGUCCCCACCUCCAUCAGAUCAGAAUGGGGAGACAGCAGAGAGUAAAACUAGAGGAGCUUUUGGUCUUUUCAAAAACCCGUUUGGCUUUUUCAGCCAGACACCUACCACUGAAUCUGACGGGUCCACAGAACCGGCCCAGAGUUUGAGUACCAGUCCAGGUGAAGUGUCGCACCCGCAAGACUCUUUAACUCCUGAACCUGACUCCACUACUCAUCAGGUUGGCGAUGUUCACACAGACUCUCCCACUGUUGCAGACCAGCCUCAGCUUCAUGCUUCCUCUGCUGAAAUCCAUUCCCUCCAAACAAGGACCCUCUCCAAAGAUUACAAAAACCUUCUCGCCCACAUGAAUGCAUAUGAGACAACUAUUUUGCUGGAGCUUUUUGGGCGACACAAGCUGCAGUUUUUGGAUUACAUUUUGUCCAAUUCAGACACCAUGUCUGAAAAACCUGAUGAUGAGGACGAAUCUAUAUUGUCAGAUAUAGAAAGACUUCUGCAUCAUCACAGGGAGACAGCGAUUGCUCCUAGCCUGAGGCCCACAGACGCACCACAGGAAAACAAAGAAAAGACCCGAACACUCAGCACACUUCAGAAGCUGGAAACACUGUUAGGAAGAGUGAGACAGACUUUCAACAGAAGACUGUCUGACAACCAUAAUCAUCAAGCUGAGGCCAGCUGUGUUGGCCUGUCUUGUUCAAAUCAUAGCAAAAAUAUGCAAGUGAACACUGAGGAAGAGUCGAGGAAGACACAAGAUCCAUCUGUAUCCCAGGAAGCCACCAUCCGGAUAGAUGACUGGAUGACAAAGCAAAAAGACAAUAGCCAAGUGGGUGAUAGUAUAGGAAAAGAUGUGAUAAGAGGAGAAAAACUGAGCAGAAGUGGUGAAGAAGAAGCAUCCCUUCCUCAUGUUCAGCCAGCAUCACUGGAAAUGUUGACAGGAGUAAUGAAACAAGUUAUGGACUUCAUUUAUCAAAUGGCUGAAGACUCCACCACCUAUGCUCAUGCAGUGAAGGAGCUCCUCAUAUGGGUUACCGUGCAGGUUGUAUCGUCUCUGCCUGAUGACAUAAGGCCUGGGCCAGACCUGUACGGUGUGCCAUGGGAGCCUGUCAUCGUCUCCGGCCUGGUGGGGCUGGUGACACUGCUGUUGUUUACCUGUAGAUGUUACAGCUCUAUGAAAAGCAGAAUGUACCGAAGCAAAGAGCGAUGGAUGGCAGAACAGGUUGCACAGCUGCUGGAUGAGAAGUGUAAAGUUCUUGAGAGUCUCAGUCAGUGUCAACAAGAGUAUGAUGACCUAGAGAGUUCACUGAGGGACAGCGGUGUCUUGGCUCAGACUCAGAAGACAGAACAGCUGGAGGUCAAAGCCAGACAGUUGGAGGACACUAAAAGAGAGCUGGAGAGGGAUCUGGAAGAGCUGAAAGAUCAACUGGACCAGCAAAGAGAGCACAGGAUAGAACAAGAAAGGAGGAUAGCAGUCCUCGAGGAGAGCAUGAAAACAUUUGAAGAUGAAACCAAAGACUUUCAGUCACAGGAAGAGCAGGCGCAAACCACUUUGAAAGUGUACAGUAUGAACAGUGACAGGCUACAGAAGAACCUGGAAACAGCUGGAGAGGAGAACAUAGUGCUGCAGGAGAGCAAUGCUCAGUUGAGGCAGCAGGUGGAGGGAUGGGCAGAGAGAGUGAGUGAAUUGGAGGCAGAGAUGAAGAGGUGUGAGGUUACUUACAGUGGGAUGCUGCAGGAUGUGGCCACCAAGGAUGAACGCAUAAUGUCCUUAACAGAUCGACUGCUGAGGUUGAAAGGCUGGGAUUCAGAUCUGGAGGAAGAGGAAGGAAGGGAAAAGGAGACAACCAAUGGUACACCAGAAAAAGGAGAGAAGAAUGGAAAAGGGGAAAUGACGGACAUACAGGGCCAUCUCCAGAAGGUCCAGAAACUCGUUUAUGCUGCUAAGCUGAAUGCAGACCUCAAAUCAGUAGAUGAAGAUAAGGACCGAGUAUUUGCCAAACUGAAUGAUGAAAUCAAAGCAAAAGAAGACCUGCAGUUGAGCAUAGAAGAUAUGGAGAAAGAGAAAAUAACUCUGCAGUCGGACACCGAGCACUACUCCGAUCAGGUCCAGCGAUUACAACAGAAGCUCCAGAUUAUGACAGAAAUGUACCAGGAGAAUGAGCUCAAGCUGCACAGACUGCUGACGGUGGAAGAGAGAGAGCGUCUUCAGAAAGAGGAGAAGUUGAACAAAGCAGACAAAAAUAUUGCGCUGGCGAUGGAGGAGCUGAACAACUACAGGCAACGAGCUGGAGAGAUGGAGGACGAGCUGGAGAAAACCAAACAAUCUUACCAGACUCAGAUAUCGGCACAUGAAAAGAAGGCUCAUAAUAACUGGCUGGCAGCCCGAGCAGCAGAAAGAGAACUGUCAGACAUCAGAAGAGAGAACGCUCUCUUCAGACAGAAACUGACAGAUACACAGUUUAAACUGGACGCCCUCGACAAAGAUCCGUAUGCCUUGAACAGUCUGGCUAGACCAAUGCCUUUCCGAGCUGAAAGGUCACCGUAUGUUCCCUCUCCUCUCGGUCGAUCUGCAUCGGAAACCAGACCUUUUCUCUCCCCUCCUACGUUAAUGGAUGGACCACCUGCUCGACUGUCUCCGAGAGUUCCUCGUGGUCCAGGGGAGCCCCCAGGAGGCCAAGGGGAGAUGGAGCGCAGUGGAGGUCCUCAUUCAGACAGCGGCUCAAACUCUCCUACAUGGGAGAGAGAUCGCAGAGGGCCCCCACCAGUACCCCUACUAGGACCCCCUGGGCCUUUAGGCCCCCCAGGCUAUAUGUUUCCAGAACCAGGGGCUCCCAUGUACAGAAGACCUCCACCUCCUCCAGGAGCUCUCGGCCUUUUGCCUCCUCCUGACUCCCUCCUUCCUGGCGCCCGUCCUCCUGGCGCCCUCCCUCCUGGCCCUCUCCAUCCUCGGGCUCUCCCUCCAGGACCUUCUAUCCCUGCAGACAUGCCAGAUUCUUCAUACAGAGAAAACAGCUUUGGACCUGGUGAACAGGAUCAUAGAGAGUCCGGUCCUGAACGCAGGACUCCCCCUGACGCAGAUCCAAGGAUGGGUCCACCACUUCCUGGUCCACCAAUGGGUCCUAUGGAUGGUCCCUUUGCUCGCAGAGCCCCUUAUGGGCCCCCACCUCCUGAUUUCUACCCUCCCAGGGGACCUGGGGGGGCUCCCAUCAGGCCUAUGUGGGCUCCUCUGCCUCCAGGAGUGAUGCUCCCUCCUCGAUUCCCUCCCGGUGGACCUCCCCUUCCUCCCGCUCCUCAUCCUCACAUGCCCUCCUAUGCCCCCCACAUGCGACCCACUUCUCCUGACAGCCUCCCACCUUCUUCCAUGGGCCCUCCCCCUCCUCAGCAGUCCCUACCACACAGCCAGUCUCCAGAGAAGGCACCCUCACCUGAAGAUGCCAUCUGAGCCUGAUGGGAGUUUCUACUUGAGCUGUGAGACAACAAUUUUUUGGUUAAAGUUUACCUUUUUUUCCAUAAACAUCUAUUUAUUCACUGUGAGGAAAUGUUUAAUGAAUAGUGUUUGCCCCGGAGGGACAUCCUUCUUCACUAGCCUGUUUUCUUGCUGCUUCUUGUCCAAUCACAUCAUUUCUUAGGUCUUUUUGCUAUUCCCUCACUUUGCCCUCUCAUAAUCAUCUAUAUUCACCGUGAAGAAGCUGAUUAAAUAAAGUCAGUGUGAACUGUGCGUGCGUGGGAACGUUGCUACGUAAACCAGGAACAGCUGCCUGUUAUCUCAUCAAUGCCGGAGGUCUUUAAUGGGACUUUGGCUGAGAUGCGGCAUCAGUCGACAUUUCACUGAGAUGACAGAAGGAGAGAUUUGAACAAUUUCUGGCUGUCAGUUAUGGCAGAAACACACCAAUUAGCCCUGAAAUAAAUGCAUUGCAAUUUUGUUUUUUGUCUGUAAUCAUCACUAUCAUUGAUAAAAUGUAGCUGGUUAGCAGCUGGUGAGCAUCUUUCUUGGAUUUGACUUCAGUCAGAUCACAUCAAGCCUUGUUUUGUUUGCAACUAAACUGAGUUGAUCUUGAGCUCAAAUGACAGUUUUUGAUGAAAUAUGUUGCAUAAUUGAAUUUCACUGACUUUCCUGUGGGAAGUGGGAGACUUUGGCUUCUUCCUAUUAUUCCACAGUGAGAGAAGCAGUAAAACAGUGCUUUUAAUCAUGUUACAGUGACUUAAAAAUGGCCUAGACUUGGAAAAACGUGGCUUAUAAUAGGUGCUUGUGUUUUCUUGAAGAAACAGUCACAGAAGGACGAGUUUAAUGGACUGACUGGAAUAGUGGAUACCUUCCUGUGAAUUUUGUAAAAAGUGAUUAUUGCUAGAUUAAUAAAGACUCUUUUAAUUGUCAGUGUCAUAUUUACUAAUGUAAGUUGUGUAUACAGUUGUAAAGUCACCAGGACAAACAAAGCAGAAAGUAGGAUGUAAUUAUUUUAUAAUAAAGUUGAAAUGUAUUAAAUGUGAAA